AUUUCAGAACCAUGAGAUAAUUAUAAGAACCGUUAAAACCUGAUCUGUUCUUAAUUUUCGAUAUAUUUUUUUCUAUUAAUCGUUAGCGCAUAAAAAUAUCAACAUGAAUUCCAACCUCGAAUUCCAACCUCAAAGGGUAGUGUUCUCUUAAAUUUGAUCUUAUAUAAAAAGCGUAGAAAAGAAGAAACAUUUUAACAUAAAAAUAUGCACCUAGAUGGUGCAUGCGUGCCAAAGAUUUGCAAGAUAUCCACUAAACCAUACUUUGUUUGUAAUUUUGUGUUCAUGCAAGCAAAAGGAUGUAGUCUUUUCCGAAAAGAUUUUCUUGCGUUAUUGCAUUUGCCGUAUUGUUGUCUUCCGAAUUCACGUUGUUUACAACAAACACAACGCACUUUUGUUAUUGUUUACAUCGCAGAGAACGUUAUUGUACGCAAACUUACAUUUCAAUGGUCUCACUAUCGGUAUAAUUUCAAACUCAAAUCGUUCAUGCAAAGCGACUUGGCGAACAAGUUUGAUUUUCUAUCACAUUGAGAUGCUGCUGGGUUUGAAAAUGAAGCCUGUAUAUGAGCGCCAUCUUACAUGAACACCGCCAUCAUGCUUGGGCUACCUCCACAGAUGAUAAAAUUUUGUUUGGCUGCUCUCCUGAUGACGACUUGGUGGAAAAGUGUAAAGUCACUACACACAAGUGAAAUGGUUAAUUUCAGCGAUGAGGAUUUCGGACUAAGCGAUAAGAAGUUGGCAGCAUCAAUGAACAAAAAAUCUCUCUUAAACAAUUCCCAAAGCGACAAUACCACUCAUAAUAAACAUUUUCAUCGUUUCAAAAAGAAAACACUUCAAAAGUUUAAAAAUAACAACAAACUAGGCAACAUUUCUCUCACGGAAGAUUCCUCACACCACGACAAGAAAACCGCACGAGAACUUGUAAUACAAGAACCUCCCAAGGUUGAGAUAGUUGAACGUCCAGCAGAAAUUGAAACAGAGAUUGUGAACACGUCACCCGUAGUUGUCAAGCAACCUUCACCCAUUAUACAGGCUCCAACAGAAAUCAUACAGAAUCCAACAGCUGUUGUACAGGCACAACCCUCAGUCGUUCAGGCUUCACCAACAGUUGUAGAAGCGCCUUCCUCUACAAUUGUGCAAGCUCCGUCGCCAUUGGUACAAGCUCCUUCAGUAGUAACGCAGGAAGCUGCACCCUUAGUGCAAGCUCCGCCACCUGUUAUUCAAGCGCCUUCAACAGUAACACAAAGCACUGCGCCGUUAGUGCAAGCUCCUCCACCCGUAAUUCAAGCGCCUUCAACAGCAACACAGAGCGCUGCGCCAUUAGUGCAAGCGCCGCCACCAGUAAUUCAAGCACCUUCGACAGUAGCGCAGACAUCUCCAGGAUUAAUACAAACUUCGCAUUCCUCUACAGCACCAAAUCAAGCGCAGGUGGGCGCUUAUCAGCCAUCGAGUCUUCAGCAACCUUACCAAUAUCCACAAUACAAUGUUCAAAACAACCAAGAUGGCAAUGAUGACGACGAAGACGAUGAGAGCGGCGAAGAGGCCGAUGAGGAUGAAUAUGACGACGACUAUCGUAAUGGAGAUGGUAAUGAUGAUGGUGAUAACGUAGACGAAAACAACGACGGCGAUAAUGAUGCAGAUGGAGAUACAUCGAAUGAGAACGACAAUGAGGAUUCGAACAGUGAUGACAAUUCAAACGGUAACAAUGAUUCGAAUAAUGUUGGAAAUGUAAAUAGUAAUAAUGACGGUAGUAACGAUGACAACCAAGAAAACGGGAAUCAAAAUCAACAAACAUCUAACAGUAGUGACAACGAGGACGUAGAUAAUAACAACAACAUAAAUGAAGAAAUAUUAAAGAGAAAACAGAAACAAAAAACAAUGCAAGUUAGAAAUCAAAAACAGUACGAGCACGUGGAUCAAUCACGCGUAAAUAAAAACAAACUAUUGUCGAAAUUAAACGUAAAAAAUAUUUAUGAAGAUCCGAAUCCCGGUGACGCAUUAACGGACGAAGAGAACAAUAACAAAGGUGAUGGUGGAGAUAAGAACAUAUUUGAAGCUGAUUUGAAUGGGAAAACAACUACAGACUCUUUAAGUACAGAAGUAAACAUGGGUUUACAAAAGUUGAGGAAGAGGCAAAGCAAAGUUAAGAAGUCUGAACGCAAGCGUCUUCCCGUGUUGAGGGUAAUGAAAAAAAAUUCGCGCUCUAAAGAUACGAAGAUGGCUACAAAUGGCGCCAGCAAGCUUGUAAAACCGCACUUAAAGUCGAACUUUAUACACAGAAAAAACAUUGGCAAAAAAAUCGCCAGUGCUCAUAGACUUAUUUCAAAUUCAAUUUCUAAGUUGAAACAUUUAAAACAGAAACGAAAUCACAGAAACAAAAAACAGAAAAAGGUAGCAAAAGAAAUUAAUGAAGAUAUCGAUAAAGUUUUAAAUGAACUUGAUGUACCAAACGCAGGAAAGAAACAUCGAAAUCACAAGUCUAAACAACAUCAUAAACACAAGAAAUUUCGCGCGUAAAUUGCACUAAUGAAAUCAGUUACCAGACUCUUUUUAUACUGCACCUAGAGUUAAUGGAAAAAAACUAACAACUAUGGCUUUAUUUAACACUUUUGGAACAGGGUUUACUAGGAGGUUUUCCGACAUUGGGUGGAACAUAUUUUGAAGUAAAAAUUAAUCCCGGGUCGGACUUCCCCAACCUAGUCCUCAGCUCUUUUUGUCAUUCUGCGCUACUGACAGCUCCAGGUUUGCCUUCCUUUUUUGCGCUAUGUCGACACGGUUUAGAAAGAGCUUUGAAAAUAAAAAAGCGUCGUCCUGGGCUAUUUGCUUCUCAACUUGCUUCUCAACGGCGCCGCGCAUUUUAAAGAUCCCGGAGUACAGUUUAUUAUAAGAACUUUGCAUCUUUUCGUUAGACCUUGCAUAUUAAGUGUAGAAAAUUUUCGGGGCAGAAACUUUUGCAAGUUCUGGUCAAACUUGCUAAAGCUAAUAUCGUAAUUUUUCAACAGCAUCAAGCUGCGCAAGUUUACGAACGCGAGUCCACGAACAAAAUAAAUCCCGGUAAGAGUCGUCUAUUUUAUUUUUGAACACUACGCAUUCUGGUUGGAAAUUUGAAAAAAAAUUUUUAGCGUGAACUAACACGGAUAUAAAAUCACUGAA